GCUGAACUGAAGAGUGGAACCCUAAUCCAGCCACCCAGGUACAGCACUAUAAAAUCUUAGCAUUGGAGGCCUGAGGGACUUUAGACGCAUCCUUCUCUUCUCGACUCAGGAAUAAGCGCUCUCCUAGGGUUUUCUGAACACUGCCAUAAUGGUGAAUGUUCCCAAGACAAAGAAAACAUACUGUAAGAGUAAGGAGUGCCGAAAGCACACUUUGCAUAAGGUCACACAAUACAAGAAAGGGAAGGACAGCCUUGCUGCACAAGGUAAAAGGCGAUAUGAUCGCAAGCAAUCAGGCUAUGGAGGGCAGACAAAACCUGUUUUCCACAAGAAGGCCAAAACCACUAAAAAGAUUGUUCUGAGGUUGCAAUGUCAAGGUUGUAAGCAUGUGUCUCAGCAUCCAAUUAAGAGAUGCAAGCAUUUUGAGAUUGGUGGAGAUAAGAAGGGGAAGGGAACUUCUCUGUUCUAAAUGCUAUUUUAUGGGUUUUUUUUUUUGGAUGUGUUUCACUGUUGAGACCUUUAAACUAGGCAAAUUAUGUUGUGGGUUUCUUUUGUUGUCAUUUCUAGACAUCUACAACUGGUUUAUGAUGAUUAUUUUCAAUUAAUUACCAAUUAACUUUUAGUUAGAA